AUGCGAAAUGUUUAUCAUUUACUCGGAAUUAAUAGACGUCAAUACGUGAAUUAUUUCAGAUGCCACUCAAUGACCAGAUCGGCAACCGGUAGACAGGACAUCGAAAAGGGUGGCAAAAUAAUAUUGCCGAUAACAUCAUUGGUGGCAUUAAAUUGGAUGGAAAUUUCAUGUCCCUGGAUGUUUAGGUUAACCAAUAUCUUAACCAAUCGUAUCACACAUUGUGGUGUACUUGAAUUUUUGUCGGAUGAAGGACAGGCAAUACUACCCGAUUGGAUGAUGAGAAAUAUGUGUAUUGAAAAUGAAUCAAUGAUUAUGAUUGAAAAUGUUGUACUACCGAUGGCCACAUUUGCCCGAUUCCAACCGCAAUCAUCUGAUUUUUUUGACAUUCCUGAUUACAGGACUGUUCUCGAAAAUAACUUAAAACAAUUGGCGUGUCUGACCACCGGUGAUAUCCUAGACAUUAAUUUCGAUGACAUGACAUACGGAUUAUCCGUUAUUGAAACCCAACCCAUGAAAGCAGUCUAUAUCGUUGAUUGUAAUCUGAUGUUUGAUAUUGAAAAUCCUAUUAAAACUGAAAUAUCUAAGAAAAGUUUAGGCUAUCGAUUGGACGGUCGAAAAGUGAUUUAUAACGAAAAUUCAGACAAUGAACCGAUUCCUAAAGCCAGAGGUAUACCUAAUGAUGACUACAAACUGGGAUCUAUUCGUUUUAUUAGGACAUCCCAUACUAUUACCAAUAAUAACAAUCAAAUAAAUAACAUCAAAAAAUUUGAAGCGUUUGAAGGAGUCGGACAUCAACUAUGA